AAGGCUUGGUAAAUUGCUGGUCAAGGAAUCAUGUACGGACUUUAUCCAAUUACACUCAAUUACACUCAAAAAGGUCUGUACUAUGGUUUUCUUGCGCCUCGGAAGUUGGCACCUAUAUAUUCCCCACUUCCUUCGUCGACUACUUAACUACCACGUACUUCGUCUACAUGUGUAUACAAGACGUUGACUAGUCUCGACAACAUAAAUACCUUACAGGAUUCUCAUAAGCACUCAGUCACAGUAUCAGAGAAACAUCAUACAAGUUUCCUCGAAACUUCUUAGUUAAAAUUGGCUUAUACCAAACCUACACCUACACACAAACUACAAUGAACGGCAACUCAACACAACCGCGACCGCUGAGUGUCAUUGUGACCGGCGGCUCGAGCGGGCUCGGGGCCGCAAUGACCAAAUAUUUUGCUUCCCUGGGUUAUGCCGUCAGUAUUCUUGACGUCAACACCGCCUUAGGCCACAAGGUGGUGACCGACGUAGGAUCAGAGUAUCCGCAAUCCACUAUCAGCUUCAGGCGCGUGGACGUCACGUCGUGGUCAGACCUAGACACGGCAUUUAGGGAGGUCUAUCAGCAGCGCGGCGCCGUCGACGUCGUAAUGGCCAACGCUGGUAUCUCGGAACAAGGUGCCAGCAGUCUAACGCUCGUCGACGAGGAGGAGCCAUCGCAGCCAAGGCUCAGGACGCUGGACGUAAAUCUAACGGGUGUGAUAUACACUGUCAAACUUGCAGCGCACUACAUCAGGAAGAACAAGCCGGAUCCCACAACAGGAUCACGGGGUACCAUCAUCUGCACUGCUUCAAAUGCGGGUCUAUAUCCAUUCCCCGUAGCUCCCAUAUACGCUGCCUCAAAAGCCGGCGUAAUCGGGCUUGUUCGAUCCCUAGCGAUGGUUCUCGAACGCGUUAACAUCCGCAUCAACGCAUUAGCACCCGCAGUCCUCGAAAGUGGUCUCGCGCCAUCCAAAGCCUUAUUCGAGGAGAUGAUCGUCACGCCACAGGAGACGCUCAUCAAGGGCAUCGCGCAACUCAUCGGGGACCCCAAGAUUAACGGUGCCGUAGCUGAGAUCCACGGCGACAGCGUGACUCUGCGCCCGCCGCACGAGUACGUGGACGAGGCUACGCAUGCUAACAUUGAGACUUUCUGGAAACACGGCGUUGCUUGAAGCGGUGGUUUUAUUCGUUUGCUAGAGUCUCUUAGAGAAUAGAGUCUUUUAGAGAAUAGAGGUGGGAAUGGUCAGUGAUUUUUCGGCCGCUACGGAAUCGCUAUGUGCUAUUUAGGCAUUUUCGGAGGUAUAGAAAGGGUAUUAGGCUUGGGUUCGUGGGUGGUGC